CCUUGAAUGACUGUGAAAUCUGUUUGCUCCGUUCUCAAGUUUGUCUGAUAUCUCUAUUCAAUAUGGCUCUUCAUUCACGAUGGUCUAAACCCAUUCCAAAAUGCUCCCUGCAGCAAUGGGUCUUUGGUUCAGCCUGCGGGCCCAUGGAAGAGGGCGAUAAGCCCAUCCUCAUCGACGCAGACCGUCCAGACACGCACUUCCUCACAAAGGAGCAAUUCCGACUUCUCUCCAAACAAGUUGCCCUCGGUCUCACGAAAGCCGGUCUGCAGCCAGGAAACAGAGUGCUUAUGUUUUCCUCCAACAACAUCUACUUCCCAUGCGUCUUUCUCGGUAUUUUGAUGAGCGGUGCUAUGUUCACCGGCGCCAAUCCCGCCUUCACACCACGAGAGCUUGCGUAUCAACUCAAAAACUCUGAGAGCACGCAUAUGUUUGUUGUUGCAAACCAACUACCUACCGCUUUAGAGGCUGCUGAGACGGUCGGCCUUCCAAAGGAGAACAUCUUUGUUAUCGAUCCGUCUGUGCUCCCGCCUGUUGGAACAACACCGAUUGCACCCUCGAUUACGAAAGAUGGUCUUCGCAUGUGGACUGAUCUUGUAGCCGAUAACCAAGCACAAGCUAAGAACUGGAAAUGGACCGAACCCGCAGAGCCAGAGACAGCGGGCUGCUGCCUCAACUACAGCAGCGGCACGACCGGUGUUCCUAAAGGCGUCGAGAUUAGUCACACCUCAUACGUUGCCAACGGCUUAGGUGUUGUCCUCAUUUCAGACCUAGAGCCUGAUCCCGAGCUCCAAAAGCGCACCAAGGGCCUCGCCUUUCUCCCCAUGUACCAUGCAUACGCGCAAACAUACUUCAUCUCCAUCUAUCCCCAUCUAAACAUCCCUGCAUAUGUUAUGCCGGCCUUUGACUUUGAGAAGAUGCUACAGCACAUUCAGCGCUUCCGCAUCACAAGCCUUCUCUGCGUCCCUCCCAUUCUGGUGUACCUAUCAAAGCACCCGCUCGUCAAGAAGUAUGACAUCAGCAGUGUCGAGCGCGUCGGAUCUGGCGCUGCACCUUUGAGUAAAGAAGUUGCCACGAGUGUUGAGAGACUGUGGGCUAAUGGAAGCGUCAACGUGAAACAAGGUUGGGGUAUGACAGAGGUUACCUGCACCAGUAUGACUUGGGACCCCCGGGCUGUGUGCGAUCCUUCUGCGGUGGGAGAAUUAGCGCCGAACUAUUCGGCAAGACUCAUGCAUUUGGACGGAAAGACGCCAGUGACGAAGCCCGGUGAGCGAGGUGAGCUUUGGGUCACGGGACCUACGUUAAUGAAGGGAUAUUGGAAGAACCCCAGUGCUACAGCUUCGACGAUUCAUGUUGAUGAGAAUGGUACGAGGUGGCUGAAGACAGGCGACAUCGCAUUCGUCGAGUCCUUCCAACCCGGAGCUAUCUUCCAUAUCGUUGAUCGAAUCAAGGAGUUGAUCAAAGUCAAGGGCAAUCAAGUGGCACCAGCAGAACUGGAAGCCGUGCUCUUAGAUCAUCCCGAGAUUGCAGACGCUGCAGUCGUUGGUGUACCAUAUGAGGGCGAUGAGGUCCCUCGCGCAUAUCUCGUCAAAGUCGCUGGAUCACAAAUCACCGAGCAGCAGAUCAUUGAUUGGAUGGAGGUUAGAGUUGCCAAGUAUAAGCGGCUCAAGGGCGGUGUGUCUUUCGUGGAUAUGAUUCCCAAGAACCCGUCCGGGAAGAUCUUGAGACGGGAGCUGAGGGAGAAGGCGAAGGAGGAGUUGGAUCCCAACAGAGCACCCUCAUCACGGCUCUAAACAGAAAUCAUGUCUUGGCUCCAGUGAGUUGCGGAAUAGAAAUGAAUGGAUCAAGACAGAAGUUGGCGAAGCAUGAGAGCAUUGUACCGUAUUAGCG